UUCUCGAACAUGGUUCUCUUAUAUUUUGUGUUGCUUUUGAAAAGUGUUAGCUGUUUUGUUAACUUGACGGACAUAAGGCCGCCGGUUGAUGCCAACCACACCAUAAUGGCAGAUGGAAAUUUCACCGUAGAAGGUGUUGAAAAUUUGUGUGAAAACCGAGAGAGUAUUUGCAGAGAUGCCGGCAUUCGCGUUUGCGCAAAAAGGAUUAAGAAUUCGACGACAGAAUACAAAGAAUUCAGUAACGCCUGUUUCCUUUUUAUGGGCAAUCUCUGUGAAUAUUCAGAUUAUGAGUUUGCAAUCGUCCGAAGCGGUCGUUGCCGUCCUACUGAGACGAGGCGAAUCUACACUGUCGAUUUCGCUCAGACAACUACUUUGAGGAAAUUUUAUAAAACUAUCGUGCCGAUAUUCAACGAUACGCCUACGACGAUAUACGAGAUACUGACGGCGAUCGACGGCCACCCGUGCCCGCUGAGCUGCCCCAGCACGUACGAACCGUGGUGCAUCUUCGCCAACCCCAACGACAAGUACGUGAAGAUCUACAAGUUUGCCAACCACUGCGCAAUGGACCUCUACUACUGUAAGAAUUGGAAUGAGUUCGAGCCGCCAGAUGAGUUGCUAGAUAAGGAUCCCGACGCGUACACCAGCACCGACCAGUCCGCCCUGAAAACUACCGGCUGUGCUUCCCAAAGAUUUUACUACUAUUUUCAUUUUGCUGAGAUAGCAUCGUCCUUGCAGAGGCACGGCUUUUUGGAGGGAAACCAGAGAUAUAACAAAAUCUUAAGGCCCUAUGAACGUAAUCCCGCAUUUGGUAGAUAAAAAACAUGUUCCAAGAAAA